UGGGAGGGGGCUGGUGGCAGGGCCGGAGUCCAGUCAGGACGGCUGGCACCAGUGAUCCUGCCACAGAAGGGAGCCAAGGACUCCGUGUCUGGGGCCUGGGACCGCCUGCCUGAGAGGGGCAGGAGCCCCAGCCCUGGUCGUGGACGCAGGGGCCAUCCUCAAGGCCUCAAGGCACUCCUGAGAGGCCCGGCACCCGCUCCACGCGCGGACCGUCGCCGAGGCAUGAGGACGCCACAGCCCGGGGGGACGCACUCUCUGCUCUCGGGGCCCCGAGCGCGCCGCGCCCAGGAGCCGGCCAGAGCCUGACGCCGCGUCGUCUCCCCGAGCGCACGGGGCUCCGCGGGCGACCGACCGGCCAGCUCCCUGCUGCAUGGAACGGCUGCAGAAGCAACCACUUACCUCCCCUGGGAGCGUCAGCUCCUCCCGCGGCUCCAGUGUUCCCGGCUCUCCCUCCAGCAUCGUGGCCAAGAUGGACAACCAGGUGCUGGGCUACAAGGACUUGGCUGCCAUCCCCAAGGACAAGGCCAUCCUGGACAUCGAGCGGCCUGACCUCAUGAUCUAUGAGCCCCACUUUACCUAUUCUCUCCUGGAACACGUGGAGCUGCCCAGAAGCCGGGAGCGCUCACUGUCACCCAAAUCCACAUCCCCCCCACCAUCCCCAGAGGUGUGGGCGGAGAGCCGGUCCCCUGGAACCAUCUCUCAGGCUUCAGCCCCAAGAACCACCGGGACCCCCCGGACCAGCCUACCCCAUUUCCACCAUCCUGAGACCACCCGCCCAGAUUCCAACAUCUACAAGAAGCCACCUAUCUACAAGCAGAGAGCAGAGUCCACGGGAGGCAGCCCCCAGAGCAAGCACCUCAUCGAGGACCUCAUCAUCGAGUCCUCCAAGUUUCCUGCGGCCCAGCCACCUGACCCCAACCAGCCAGCCAAGAUCGAAACUGACUAUUGGCCGUGCCCUCCGUCGUUGGCGGUCGUGGAGACAGAAUGGAGGAAACGGAAGGCCUCUCGGAGGGGGGCAGAGGAAGAGGAAGAGGAAGAAGAUGAUGACUCCGGGGACGAGAUGAAGGCUCUCAGGGAGCGUCAGCGAGAGGAACUCAGUAAGGUUACUUCCAACUUGGGAAAGAUGAUCUUGAAAGAAGAGAUGGAAAAGUCACUGCCUAUCCGGAGGAAAACCCGCUCUCUGCCCGACCGGACACCCUUUCAUACCUCCUUGCAAGCAGGAACAUCCAAGUCGUCUUCUCUCCCCGCCUAUGGCAGGACCACUCUGAGCCGGCUACAGUCCACAGAAUUCAGCCCCUCUGGGAGUGAGACCGGAAGUCCAGGCCUGCAGAACGGAGAGGGCCAGAGGGGGAGGAUGGACCGGGGGAACUCCCUGCCCUGUGUGCUGGAGCAGAAGAUCUAUCCCUACGAAAUGCUGGUGGUGACCAAUAAGGGGAGAACCAAGUUGCCUCCAGGUGUGGAUCGGAUGAGGCUUGAGAGACACCUGUCAGCCGAGGACUUCUCAAGGGUAUUCUCCAUGUCCCCUGAAGAGUUUGGCAAGCUGGCCCUGUGGAAGCGGAAUGAACUCAAGAAAAAGGCUUCUCUCUUCUGACCAUCCUUCCCGCUCCGUGACUGACGCUCUUCCCUGCUGCUUCGGGGCUCUAGAGCUGGGGUCACUAGACCCCAAAGCAUCGUCUCUUAGGGGUGCAGGGUGGUGGUGGGGGAUGGAGGUAGGGUUGUCUCCAUUCCCCAGGUGAGGGGGAGCCAGGACCUCUGCAGUGCUGGGGUGUGGGACGUGAACUUGCUUCCCCAUAAAAAGCCAGGGGCCUCCUUCCCUCCUCCUUGGUCCUCACCGCACAGGGCAGACCCAGUCUGGAGCCCAGCACACACAGAGUCAACAUUUGCACCCUCUCCCCAACCCCACCCCCACGGGAAGGUCCCCACAAGAGAGUGAGGAGAAAGGAAAGCAGCACUUAGUGGUCAGGCAUGUUGGCAGUCUGGACCCAUGGGUGGGUACAACCUUCAGGCCUGCGGGGGGAGGGGGAGAGUGGGGAGCAGCCAGGAGGGCAGGGAGAGCCCCAGGACUCUGUGCACCCAAGCACGCCUCCUCACCUCACCUAGGACAGCUUCCCCUGCACCUGGGCCUCUGGCUUCUCUGAUUCUUAGCAGGAGCAGGCUUGAGCUCAGCCUCUAACAAUGAAGCCACCCUGCCCUCCAGCUCACCCUCUCCUCUCCUGGUGACCCCUAAGCUUCAAAGCCUCUUGCUCCAGCCCUGUGGCUUCCCUAGAAGCCAUGGCUUAGAGUGGAGAUGUUGCAGAACCCUGGCCCACCGUCAGCCUCCAGGCAAGUCAGCUAGACUCCAAGCACCCAGGUCCUGUGCAGAACCCAGGCCUUCAGGCUCUCUUUGGAUGGGAUCAAGAGGCCAGGCUGUGUCCAGGCCACCAGGUCCUGCCCAUUUCCAUGCAUCCCCACCAUGCUGUCUAAAGAAUGUAAUUUAUUGGGGCACCCCCAAGCUGCUUUCUCUCCUAACUCUCUGCCCUCCCUUAAUCACACUCCCAGCUUCUCUUCUCUACAGAUACAUAUGUGUAUAUAAUUAUAUAUAUAUUUUUGCCGGGGUCUGGCUUUUGUUCCUGCUCAGGCCCUGGUACCCCUUUCCACUGUGUGUGUGUGUGUGUGAUAAUGCUGUGGGAGGGGGACUCUGCUUGGAAUUAAAAGGUUGCAUUGGGUCCCCAAA